UGAUACAAUUGUCGAGCAUUUGGACGCAAAAGGGGUUGUGGGAAUUCAAAAUAUGAGUCCGAUUCACAAUAGGCGAAGGGCACGAGGAGGUUUACCCGGUGCAUGGAACCCCUAUACAGAUAGGAUCAACUACAGUUUGGAACACUCGGGUACUACACUAAGACUAGUUAGUGUAUCAGACUCUAUAUUCUGUACAGUUUCCUCUUUCGACGAUGGUAUAUGCAUAGAAAGUCACGCAAGCGAGAAAGUCAAUGAGAUAAAGGAUGCCAUCGAUAAACUGAAAGAAUGCCGUAAGGCUGAAAGCGAUCCCGAGGAGAAGCGACGUAUUAAGGACACGAUCAAAUAUCUUAAGAAAGUUUUGAGGGAUGUGGGACAUGCAAAAAGAGUAGGGAAGACUGUUGGUUCACACGUUGGUUCAAAAGCUGGUGCUGCGGUUGGUACCUGCAUAGCUGGUCCAGUUGGCACAGCGGCUGGCUCUGUAAUUGGUAGAAUAGUGGGUCGUGUCACAGGUGCACUCGCUGCCGAUGAUCUUGCGCGUCAUACUCGAGAAGAAUCAGCUGAAACGACAGUAAAACGCCUUUAUUAAGAAAAUCAUUAUUUAUCUGUGCGAGAUUAAAGUGAUUUUUUUAUAAUAUGAUAAUAAUAUUUUAUUGUUAUAUAUAAAUAUACCUUUCAUUACAAAGUGUAUUCUUACAGAUUUUUUACUUAUAAAUCAU